AUGGCCGGUAAAGGGGCGCAGAGACGCAACAACGUCAAGAAAGCGAAGAUCAAGCAAGAGGCCAAGAAACAGGCCAAGCGGCAUCAACAAUUCCUCGCCACCAUGCCCAAGAUCACAGAGGAAGAUCUUCUCAACUUUCAAAUUACACACUUUGGCGAUGACACGCGACCGGAGAGGUGGUUUGUGCCAGCGGAGGAAGCACUCAAUUUUGAACCCCCAGAGCCGGAUGAUGACUUGGGUUAUUAUGAUGAUGGUGUCAAGCGUACUCUCACCGAUGAGCAGAUUGCCAUCUUUAAGAGGUCCGAGUUGUGGCAGAUUCAGCGGGAACAGCAGCGAGAGAAGGAGGAAGAGACUGAACAGCGCGAGUUUGAGGAAGGCGUUAUUAAGAGGGCGGCGUCACCUGCUUCCGAGUCGAGUUUGGAGGACGAGUUGCUGGCUUAUGCGAAUAUUCAGAGGAAGCAAAAGUCGCCUUCGCCGCCUCCACAGGAUUCGAAGCUCUCGCUACUGGUGACACAGGAGUCAAACGCACAAGAGUCAAAUCCUCGGAAGUCGAAUCCUCGAAAGCCCAGCACUGAGCGCAGUGGAAGCGAAGCCUCUACUGUCUCCAAGAAUCGCAAGCGAUCGGAGGAAGUGCCAUACGAUCAGAGGCACAAGCGUAAGUGGGAAGCAUACAUCGAGGAGGUUGAUCCAAACGAGGGUUCGCUUACACACCGACGGUUGGUCCGAGAACUUGACAAUCAGCAGACUGAAAGCAUCGAGAUGGACUAUUGA